AUGCAGCGGGCCGCCUUGUUCGGCAGCCCUGGCGGCGGCCCCGGCGGCGGCAGCGGCCCCGGUCCCGGCCCUGGCCCCGGGAAGAUGGCUGCGGGAGACCUCGGGGAGCUGCUGGUCCCUUACAUGCCCACCAUCCGCGUCCCCAGGUCCGGGGAUCGCGUCUACAAGGCGGAGUGCGCCUUCUCCUACGACUCCCCGAUUUCAGAAGGAGGUCUCUACGUGUGCAUGAAUACGUUCCUGGCCUUUGGAAGGGAGCAUGUAGAAAGGCACUAUCGGAAAACUGGGCAGUGUGUGUACAUGCAUCUGAAAAGGCAUAUAAGAGAGAAAGUAACAGGGGCAUCUGGUGGCGUCUUACCCAAAAGGAGGAAUCCCAAGCUAUUCUUAGAUCUAGAAAUGACUGGAGAUUUAAAUAGUGAUGAUUAUGAAUAUGAAGAUGAAGCCAAGCUUGUUAUAUUUCCAGACCACUACGAAAUUGCAUUGCCAAAUAUAGAGGAGUUGCCUGCCCUGGUAACAAUUGCUUGUGAUGCCGUCCUUAAUUCAAAAUCUCCGUAUAGGAAACAGGAACCAGAUUCCUGGGAAAAUGAGCUGCAAGUUUCCAAACAUGCCAAUAAUCUCUUGCAACUGGACAAUGGCGUCAGGAUUCCUCCCAGCGGCUGGAAGUGUGCCAAGUGUGACUUGCGGGAGAACCUUUGGUUGAAUCUGACUGAUGGCGCCAUCCUUUGUGGAAAGUGGUUCUUUGACAACAUGGGGGGAAAUGGGCAUGCUCUGGACCAUUACAAAGAAAUGGGCUACCCUUUGGCAGUGAAGUUAGGAACCAUCACUCCAGAUGGGGCAGAUGUUUAUUCCUUCCAAGAAGAGGAGUCUGUUUUAGAUCCCCACUUAGCCAAGCACUUAGCACAUUUUGGGAUUGACAUGCUUCAGAUGCAUUCGACGGAGAACGGCAUAAAGGACAAUGAUGUCAAACCCAGGAUCAGUGAGUGGGAAGUCAUUCAGGAGUCAGGAAUGAAACUGAAGCCCAUGUAUGGCUCUGGAUACACUGGGAUGAGGAACCUUGGAAAUAGCUGCUAUCUCAGUGCGGUCAUGCAAGCCAUCUUCAGCAUCCCUGAAUUUCAGAGAAUGUAUGUGGGAAACUUGGCAAGGAUAUUUGACUACUCUCCUCUUGACCCAACACAGGAUUUCAACACACAGAUGGCUAAGUUAGGACAUGGCCUUCUCUCGGGCCAAUAUUCCAAACCUCCCAUGAAAUCUGAGCUCAUUGAACAGGUGAUGAAAGAAGAACAUAAGCCUCAGCAGAAUGGUAUCUCCCCAUGCAUGUUCAAGGCCUUUGUCAGCAAGAGUCACCCUGAAUUCUCCUCCAACAGACAGCAGGAUGCCCAGGAGUUUUUCUUGCACCUGGUAAAUCUAGUGGAGAGGAACCGAAUUGGCUCUGAAAAUCCAAGCGACGUUUUCCGGUUUGUGGUGGAAGAACGGAUUCAGUGCUGUCAGUCCAGGAAGGUGCGCUACACCGAGAGGGUCGACUAUUUGAUGCAGCUGCCGGUGGCCAUGGAGGCAGCAACCAACAAGGACGAGCUGAUUGCCUAUGAGUUGACGAGAAGGGAAGCGGAGACAUCCAGGAGACCCCUCCCAGAAUUGGUCCGGGCCAGGAUUCCUUUUAGUGCCUGCCUUCAGGCCUUCUCUGAACCGGAUAACGUGGAAGAUUUUUGGAGCAGCGCCUUACAAGCAAAGUCUGCGGGUGUGAAAACAUCCCGCUUUGCCUCAUUCCCUGAGUACUUGGUAGUACAGAUAAAGAAGUUCACUUUUGGUCUUGACUGGGUUCCCAAAAAAUUUGAUGUUUCCAUUGACAUGCCAGACCUCCUUGAUAUCAAUCAUCUCAGAGCCACAGGGUUACAGCCUGGAGAGGAAGAGCUUCCAGACAUUGCCCCUCCAAUCGUCAUUCCUGAUGACCCCAAAGAUCGAUUGAUGAACCAUUAUAUGGAUCCACCAGACAUUGAUGAGUCCUCUGUGAUGCAGCUGGCAGAGAUGGGUUUCCCUCUGGAGGCAUGUCGGAAAGCUGUGUACUAUACUGGAAACAUGGGACCCGAGGUGGCCUUCAACUGGAUCAUUGGCCAUAUGGAAGAGCCUGAUUUCGCUGAACCGCUAUCCCUACCUGGUUUUGGAGGAAGUGCUACUAUGGGGGCCAUGGCUUUUGGUGCUAUUGGAUUGGAUAACCAACCUCCAGAAGAAAUUGUAGCCAUCAUCACCUCCAUGGGCUUCCAGAGGAAUCAGGCCAUUCAGGCAUUAAAGGCCACGAACCACAAUUUGGAGCGGGCCCUGGAUUGGAUCUUCAGCCACCCUGAACUGGAAGAGGAUAACGAGUUCAUUGCCCACAUGAUGGAGAUGGAGAAUAAUGCCAAUGCUAACAUUAUUUCAGAGUCCAAGCCAGAUGGUCCUAGAGUGAGAGAUGGAUCAGGAAGAUAUGAGCUAUUUGGGUUCAUCAGUCACAUGGGACCGUCUACCAUGAGCGGCCAUUAUGUUUGUCAUAUCAAAAAGGAAGGCAGAUGGGUGAUCUACAAUGACCAUAAAGUGUGUGCCUCAGAAAGGCCCCCCAAAGACCUGGGCUACAUGUACUUUUACCACAGGAUAUCAAGCUAGGCCUCCGAUAUAUUCCUUGCCCAGAAGAUGCCAUAUGCCUUCAUAAUUUGCCAAAAAAUUUUAAAAAACUUAAAAAAAAAGAAGAAGAAGAGGAAGAAAGACAAAGGAAAAAAGUUGGGACUGCCGAACACCCAGGAAUCCAUGUGGUAUUUAUAGUUUAAUUAAAGAGCCCCUUGGCUUUUUAAUGCCUUCUGGAGUAGUAGUCGGAAAAUUUCUCUUCUGUCAUCCUAGAUGGCUGAUUGUUUUCUUUUGGUAAACAUCCAAGGAAAAGAUGUUCAGAAGCUUCUGGAUUGCCAGUUGGGCUAGCUGCCCAAAAGCCAAAAAUAUGAAAGGGCUUUGCAGUGAAUUCUAAGCUCUCAUUGGACUUUGGGGGCCCAGAAUGACCGUUAGAGAUCUUCACUGAAACCAAUUCAUGUUUCCCACCUGCAGGGCCCUGCUGGAUCCUAAGAAAGAGCUCCAUAUUACCUCAUAUGGAAAAAAUAGAGGUGAUCUCACAUUGGCCUUAGAUUUGACCCCACCCCCCCCCGCCUAAUCACAGAUGAUAAAUUCUGAUCUAUCCAUAUGUAAUAUAUUAGAAGAUCUGCCAUGAAAAUAUUUUAAAUUUGAGUCAAACCAAUAUUCAUAACCUAAUUGUGUGUGUGUGUAUAUGUGUGUGUGUGUGUGUGUGUGUGUGUGAGAGAGAGAGAGAGAGAGAGGGAGAGAGAGAGAGGGAGGGAGAGAGAGAGAGAGAGAUUAUCUUGUACAAUCCACUUGAAAUUCAAUGGUUGAGUUAUUUUAAAUACUGAACCAUUUGGUAUUGGGUGUGGUGCAAAGAAGCAUCCAAGCCUUUGAAGGGAUCUAUACCUCAGGAACAAUCAGAACUCAGCUUUCCACUUAGAUUUCAAGAGUAAAGAGGGGUGUGUCCAUUUAGCUGCUAUGAGAAAUUCCCCUGAAUAAGUGACACCCCAGCUCUCCACCACCAUGCAUUCUUAGCAUGCUCUGGUGCUUUGCCCAAGGUGGUGAAUUGUUUCAAGUCUUGCCAAAAGCAUAGGCCCCAUUUCCUAGUGAAAUAGCUAAUUGAUCCUUAUCAAGUUUUCUGGUGCAUCCUCAUGGGUCAGCUCCCCAAGACCUUGCAGGGCCCACCCUCAGACCAAUGGUCAUAGCCCUUUCUGCCAGAACAUUUCACCAGCCUUUUUUCCCUAUGUUUUCUGGGUGCCUCUUCUGUUCAAUUGUUCUCCCUUUCUUUCCCCUGGCUGCUUUUCUCCACUUAUCUGUUUUGGCCAGCAGAGAUCAUGGGAAACUUUUGGAAGGCAGAGUGAAUUCAUUGGUUGCUAUAUUAUGAAAAGAUCAGUCUGAUUGUUUCCGUAGGUCAGUAUUUGAUUACCAGCCUAGUAUCAGAACAGAACCUUUGAGACUAUUGGAAUUGCUAUCAACAUCAUGUGAAACUUGAACUUUUUCUCAUGUUCCCUCUGCCUUGCCCUAAGUUUCUGAGGAUAUUUGGUGUUUAUACUAUUCAAUGAAUUUCUUACUUACUCCUCCAAGUGAGUUGAGAUUGAUUGUUCUGGGUAAAACUUGAGUCCAACUGUAUAGUGUGCUGAAUUAGAAACAGCCUUUUGGUAAUCAGGACCCAGAUGUUCUCAAAGGAGGACAACAACAGUAUGGGUCAUAGGAUUGGAGAGUUAGAACUUGGAGAGAACUUAGAGGUCAUCCAGUCCAAAGUCCUUAUUUUAUAGAAUGGAAAACUAAGGCCCAGAGAGAUGAGAGAUGAUGUGAUUUGCCUCAGGUCACACAGCUUUUAAAUGGCAGUGCCUGGAUUUGGCUCCAAAUCAUCAGAUUCCAAGUCCAGGGUCCAUCAUGCUGCAUUUCUAUGGUAAAAUGAGAAAAGCACACCAGGCAAAAUGUCAGGAGCCCCAGACCCUGCCCUGCACUGACUUGGUGAUCUCAGGCAAAUCCCUUCACUUUCCUGCACCUUACUUUUCCUCGUAUGUCAAAAGAGGAGAAGAAUGCUUUCCCUCUGUGGUUUGAGGGAGGAUGAGAUGAAAUGAUAGUUGUCUUGGUACUUUAAAGUGGCAAGCCUCUGCAAACAUUAGGUGGUGCUGUUAGCUCACGAUGGGUCCCCUCUCCCAGUUGAUAGCUUCUUUGACUUGAAAAAUAUCAAUUAAAAUUGGAUAGAUGGAGAGGAUGCCUUCACUUUCUCUAUCUGAUUUCUUGGUCUAGAGAGUGGUGCAGAUCUUUGGUUUUAGAGGUAGAUGGCACAAGUAAAUUGUACUCUUAAAACACUUGAAAGUAACAGGGGUCCCUGGGACUGAGUGAAUAGCUUUCUUUUUUUCUCUCUUUCUUUCUCUCCUUCUCUCUCUCUCUCUUUCUUUCUUUCUUUCUUCCUUCCU